UGUAACUGGAUCUCGUUGGCUUGCAGUGUUACAGGUGCCCACGAAAACCCUGCCGCAAAUAAGUAAUAUUUUUUAAAUAGUCCUUUUUAAUCGUAAUACUAUUACAGAAACGCAACCAGAUCCUCUAAACAGAGCUAAAGUCGACACACUGGCCAGGAGGCUAAGCAGUAGCUACGAUAGCUAGCGAUACGAUAGGCAGCGCCCUGCGUCCCACCUGCGUCUUAUCUCCAUGGCAACGGAGAAACUAAGACUAAAUCGAGCAGCACGCCGUGACUUUAACGAAGGUUGUUGUGCUGUGUUUUCACACCGACCACUGGCAAAACAGAAGCACCGAGCUACUCAGCGCGGAGAUGGAAACGUCUCAUGUCGGAGUGGUCAGAGACUCAAUGCUGAACAAUCCUCUUUUAAUAAGGCCUCCACUUGGGAAGAGCAAAUCCAGAGGCCUGUCCUGCCCAGGAUCUGAUUUUGUUUAUGGAACGGUGACCACCAUCCAAGAUGGAGGAGUGGCAGAGGCCAUCUCUAGCUGGCACACCCCAUCACUAUCCUCCAGUGUCCCCGCACACCACAGGAAGGCUGUGCGGGACUUUGUAGCUCUUAACCGGGAGGGUGUGAAGUCUGGCUUGGUCACGGCCAAAGAGCUGCAGCAGUACCGCGCCACUCACGACAUUAGACGCCCCGCCGUGCCUAAUGCCGCUGCCCACAGGUCUGCUCCGGCACGACCCCCGCGGGACAUCGGCUUUGGCGUCUCUACGCGGAAUUCUGCCCCUAUUUCGGAGCUGUUGGAAUACAGGUAUGCCCAGAGAUGGUUGGAGGAACAGCAGGCCAAGGACAGAGCCCUGCUGGCAGGCCAGCAUAAGAAAGUUCAGCUCGGGAAGAUCCAGGACACUCGUACAACCCUCCUCCGGAAGAGUCGGCCGCCGGAGGAAGCCCAGUCCAUGUGGAAACUACCACGCUUCCAACACGUAAGAGGCUCAAUGCUCCCUCAGUCCCCCCACUCUCUGAGCACAGGAGCCUGCUGUGGCCAGUGGAGCUCUGAGCAGCUGAUUGGACCUGCCCUGGACACCUUUCGAGACCCUGAAGCCCGAAAGCGAGCCAUGGCUGCGCACUACUCAGACUCAGUGGCCAGAAGAGGACCACUCGGUCAGGGUACCUACACUGUGGACUGACGGACAGACACAGCCCUGUUGGUCUCUUCAUAACCUCCCAGACUGUUGCUCACAUCAGCCACACUUAGAGAGAUGUCAGCUAAUGAUGUAACUGAUAUCAGCUCAAGAGGAGUAGCCAUCAGAAUCGGCUCUUUCAGCCAAUGUUGGAUAUCAGUGCAUCAAUUACAUUAAAAAUUAUACUUUUUUACUGAAUGCAUUUUCUCAUGGUGGGUCUUUGCUGAAGUAGUAUUGUAACUGACAUAGUAUUUCAUUAAAAUCAGAAAAUAUUUUUCCCACCUUAUGUAAUUGUUUUAUCAAUCUAAUUAUUUUACAGUAUUUAGAGUAUAUGUAGCCUGCUGCUGUGUUUCAAAUUUAAGUGUACAUUUUAAAAUAAAUUAUGAAUCACACCAAUCAUUUGUUUUAAUUAUUAUGUUAUUAUUAGCAAUUACCUAAACAUUUUCUCAAUAAACUAAAU